AUGGGGGAAAGUUCCAACUCCAGUUUUCAAGCAACUCGUGUUAUGAUCCCUUCCCUCUGUCUCAUACAACAACAUUCACCUCAACGUUUGAUUGUUCCGGCACCGGAAAUAAUGGAGGCAGAGCUUAAUGCAGCGGCAACUAAGCUGCAAAAGUUUUACAAGAGUUACCGGACUCGAAGAAACCUUGCAGAUUGUGCUGUUGUUGUUGAAGAGCUCUGGUGGAAGGCUUUAGAAUUUGCAGCUCUUAGACGGAGCUCUGUAUCGUUCUUUAAUUCUAACAAAUCGGAAACGGCUGUUUCCCGAUGGGCACGAGCUCGGACAAGAGCCGCCAAGGUAGGGAAAGGGCUGUCAAAGGCCGUAAAAGGUCAGCGGUUGGCUUUACGUCACUGGCUUGAAGCUAUUGAUCCACACCACCGUUACGGUCACAAUCUGCAUUUUUACUACGAUGUUUGGUUCGAGAGUAAGAGCUCUCAACCCUUCUUCUACUGGUUGGAUGUUGGAGAUGGCAAAGCAGUUACCCUUGACAAAUGUCCACGAACAGUUCUACAAUCUCAAUGCAUCAAAUAUCUGGGACCGAAAGAAAGGGAAUCGUACCAAGUGAUGAUGGAAGAAGGGAAGCUGAUAUACAAACAAAACAAAGAAGCUGUAAACACGAGAGAAGGAAGCAAAUGGAUAUUUGUACUCAGUACAUGUCGAAUCCUAUACGUAGGUGAGAAAGUGAAAGGUGAGUUUCAUCACUCGAGUUUCUUAGCUGGUGGCGCCACCAUUGCAUCCGGCAGAUUGGUAGUUCGUCAAGGAACUCUCUACGCUGUGUGGGCGUACAGUGGUCAUUAUCGGCCGACACAAGAGAAUUUCAUGGAAUUAUGCAGUUUCUUGGAGAAACAUCACGUCGACUUGACCGACGUUAAGAAAUAUCCAAUAGAUGAUGAUAUCCCAAGGGAGAUUAAGGAAGCGAAACAACCAGAGACAUCGGAAAAUACAUCAUUCAUUCAUGCGAAAGAGAUGAGUUGCAUUGGAAAGGAAGAAAGUGGUGAAGAUAGAAGCAGCAGGGGAGUUAAUUUGAGAUACAAAUGGAGCACAGGUGUGGGUCAUCGAAUCGUUUGUGUGAGAGAUUACCCAGCACAGCUGCAAUUCAAGGCACUUGAGCAUGUUAAUUUAUCACCAAGGCUCAACCCGGGCUUCGGCUUCCCUCCCAUCCCUUCUCCCAGACCCACUCCAAAGCUUCACUUGUCUCCUAGGCUUGCCUACCUCGGACUCGUUAGCCCUAGGGUCCGGCUUCAGGCUGCUAAUUAA